AUACAGCCGCCCACGGACCGAUGAACUGACCGCAGCUGCAGCAGAAGAGCCAUCCGCGGCGGACUGACCCGGGACGAGCGUGAACGGACGCUGUUUGGAGGAGCACACCUGUCUCUGUGUGUGUGUCAGUGUUGAGGAACCCAUACAGUGCCUACAUCACAGCAGGAGGACACCAUGUCCCACAGAGAAUCAGGGAUUUACACCAACAAGCAGGCCCCUCCAUCUGAUGCUUGCUUCUUCACAGAACUCCAUAUAUAUGAACCGGGCGAUGAAGACUUCCCAUCAGAAAGCCCUUCCACUCCCCAGCCCAAAACCUCCCCCGCUAAAACAGAAGACACAGUGGACAGGAUGAAGGCGCCCGAGGUGGUCCUGAGCACCAGGAGUCUCGCGGCGCAGAAGGUCGGCACCCACCAGCUCAUCCCCAAGAACUUAGCGGUGGCCAGCCGCCCAAGAAACCGACACCACACCACCGUGGUGACGUUCCCGGUGGGGCUGGAGAAGUCCAGCAACGAGAACCACGGCCAUCGCCCAGCCCGCGGGGCAGAUGUAUCGUGGGAGGAUUAUGACAGCGACGGAGAAGGUUUGAGGAGGAACCGCAGAAACAAGUCGUACAGGGCAGCUGUGACCAGCCUGGAUGUCGACGCCAUGGCGGCAGCACGAAAGCCCACUGCCACCACCCUGAAGCCCGUCAAUGAAAACAGAGCAAGCAGUCCUGGUCCGGCUCGCAGUCCUGGGCGUAAGCGAACUCUGGGGAGAAAGAGGAACCAGCGUGGAUCAUUUAAAGAUGCGACGCCGUGCCUCUAUCAGGAGAUCCGUGAGCGCGGGCUUCAUUCCACCAGCCAGGACGAGUCGUUGGAUGACUUUGUGGUGGUGGAGGCUCCCGCAGAGGACCAGAGCAUCGUGGUGAAGAACUACAAGCAAGCGCAGCUCACCUGGAGCCAGCUGCCACUGGUUAAAGACUCGGGUUAUCUGGAAACAAUUACACCUCAGGAGAGAAAGCGACAAGAGGCCAUUUUUGAGAUCAUCACCUCGGAGCAUUCUUACCUGCACAGCCUUGGCAUCCUGGUGCGCCAAUUCCAAAGCAGUGAAGCGCUGAGGAAGACGAUGACGACCACAGAGCAUCACCACCUUUUCUCCAACAUAUCUGUCAUCCACAAUGUCAGCAAACGGUUUUUUCAUGACCUGGAGAAGCGUCACAAUGAGCAGCUGUUGAUCAAGGACAUCAGCGACAUCGUCCAGUACCACGCCACGCACAAUUUUGAGCCCUACAUCGUCUACUGCUCCAAUGAGACCUUUCAGCAGAGGACGCUCCAGAAGCUGCUGAACAGCAACGUCGCCUUCAAAGAGACUCUGAAGCAAAUCGAGUCGACCAGUGAAUGCGGAGGCCUCCCCAUGCUGUCGUUCCUCAUCCUGCCCAUGCAGCGAGUGACCAGACUGCCUCUGCUGCUGGAUACCAUCUGCCAGAAAACUCCGGCGCAGUCAGCGGAUUACUUUUCUGCCGUUUGGUCGCUGAAUGCCAUGAGCAAGUUGGUCACGAGCUGCAAUGAUGGAGCGAGGCGGAUGGAGAGGACAGAGCAGAUGUACACCAUCCAGAAACAAAUGGACUUUGGAAAGAUAAAGCCUUUUCCACUGAUUUCAUCGUCGCGGUGGCUGAAGAAGCGCGGCGAGCUCGCCAUCUCAGCCGAAGAGCUCAGCAUAUGGAGAGCUUUCAGCAACAAGAGCUACUACCUGUUUCUCUUUAACGACGUCCUCAUCGUCACCAGGAAGAAGAGUGAGGAGAGCUUUGUGGUGUUGGACUAUGCCACUGUAGAAAACGUCGAGGUGGAGUUAAUGGAGGAAUCAGAAGGACGGAUAUCUUCACCUACAAAAAACUCCAGCUACCUUUCCUUUAAACUGCGGAUGAGCAAGAACAGUGAGGGGAGACAGGAGCAAAUCUCCCUGGUGGCCGACUCCAGAGUGGACCGGGCACGUUGGAUAAUUGCACUCAAGCAGCUUAAAGGCGGCUUGAUUUGCAAAGAUGGCCUGCCACAGUAUGAGGCCACUAAAGCCUACAUGCCAAAAGAGCCUGAUGAGCUCGGUCUGCGACAGGCUGAGCUGGUCAUCGUCCUGCAGAAAGAGGAAGACUGGUGCUACGGGGAGAGAAUGCGUGAUGGAGAGAGGGGCUGGUUUCCUGCUAACUGUGCCACAGAGAUCACCGAUCCCACCGCCAUGGAAAAUAAUGUACAAAGAAUGAAGCGUUUGCGCAAAGAGACAAAUGUCUGAAUGAAUAUAAAGCUAUCAGGAUUUCUCAAAAUGGAAAAAGACAUUUCCUCAAUUGUUGGGAUGUUCUUCAGAAUGCACUGCUGAUGAGUUAUACUGAGCCUACACGUCCAUCACCACAGACUGAAAGAUGAACCAGAGAAGCUUCUAUGGAACUGAUGGUUUAAUUCUUAAUAUUAGUUACAUUUCUUUAAAGUGCAUGUCGUCAGAGUAGGAUGGUGUAUUUUUUUUCAGCAAAAUACAGAAAAAAUAAUUUUAAAUGUAGUUUAUAAAACAAAUUAAAUAACUGUUCAUAAUAUAAAAUCUAAUUCUUUUAUUGUUGACAGCUUGUAUAUUUGUGGAAAAUAAACACUACAGACACA